UAUUUGCAGCUGUCGAUUUUAUUUAUAUUAUGACGAACACCGACACAGAAACUGCUGGCUCAAGCCGUGCCACCGGCGGCGCCUCUACGUCAUCCACAGCCAAAGUGGAAAUCACGGAAAAAGUGCGCGUUCUUUGUCUGCACGGAUAUCGGCAAGAUGCUGAUUCAUUUAAAAACAAAUUGGGCUCAUUUCGCAAGUUUGCCGGUAAAUAUGCCGACUUUGUGUUCAUCUCAGCGCCUCACGUAGCGGCGCCUCUGGAACCGAAUGCGGAGACCGUGGAGCAGCAGCGCAGUUGGUGGGCCAACAAGGAUGAUGGCACAUUUAAGGGCACCAACAAGGGCGGACCUGCCUACGGUUUCCAGGACAGCUUGCGUGCCGUUGAAGAGGCUUGGAAAACUCAAGGACCAUUCCAAGGACUCUUGGGCUUCUCACAAGGCGCCUGCUUUGUGGGCCUAAUAUGCGGUCUGGCCAAGAAGAAGUUGACCUCAAUUCGUCCGGAGUUUGCAGUACUCAGCUCCGGAUUUAUAUCCGGCAGUUUGGUUCAUAUGAGCGCCUAUGAGGAACGCAUAACGAUUCCAACUCUGCAUGUUUACGGCUUGACGGACGAGAUUAUUCCCAAGGAUAUGAGCGAAUCUCUGGCGGCACACUUUAAGAAUGUUGAGGUGCUUGAACACAAUGGUGGUCAUUAUUUUCCGGCCACGGCCCAGCAGAAGCAAACGUACAUCAACUUUUUCCAAGAUCGCCUGCAGGAGUAUCUAGAGCAUUUGGAGCUGCAGCAGAGCAGCAAUGCAUCGUUUAUCGAUAGCGCCGAGGAGGAGGAGGCAGAGGCAGAGGAGGACGAUGGCGGUGUGACGGAUGCCAAUGAUGCUGAAGUGGCUGCAGUGACGGCAGCGGCGGGUUCAGGCAUGGAUGAUAGUGAUUAAUUCAUCGGGUUGUUCGUUUUCGGUUUUUAAUAAUAAUUAAAUCUUAUUAUUACAAUAA